GUGAGGGACGAGGUCUGGCAGCCAUCCCAGUCAAACAGUAAUACAGAGGCGGCCCGGGAGCCCUCCCUUUGUGAGCCAGUGGGUGUGUGACGUCACCGCUGAGAGGAGGGGCCCCCUUUCCCCUGUCUGGCCAAUCCUCAAGCUCGGCGACUAGGUCACGUAAGAAUCCCCCCUUUCAGGUAGCCAUGGUAACGUGCACUGGACCAGGCAGCAUCUUGCUGUGGUGAGAAGGGAAGACAAGAAAGGAGAGAUAGAGGGAGAGAACGAGAACAAACCACAGACAGAGGAAACACCUAAGCUCUUCAGCUGCUGCGCCUCUUCCCUCUAACGAAGAUGCUUGAGGCAGGGAGCUAAAGGCCUCACCAGAGCGGAGUGCGUGCUAGAGCCAGGGGCUGGUGCCUGACCAGAGGCCCCUGAGAGGGUUGCAGGUCCAUGGGGACCAUGGGGGAUCCUGGAGGCUUCACCACCACAGGGGAGCGGGUGAACCCUGCCCACGUAAUGUUUGACCGCUUCACCCAGGCAUCCACCUGUAAGGGCACGCUCAAGGCCUUCCAGGAGCUCUGUGACCAUCUGGAUCUCAAGCCCUGCGAGUACCGGAUCUUCUACCACAAGCUCAAGUCCAGGCUCAACUAUUGGAAGGCCAAGGCACUCUGGGUUAAGCUAGACAAGCGGGCCGGCCAGAAGGAGUACAAGAAGGGACGAGCAUGUGCCAACUCCAAGUGUCUGAUCAUCGGGGCGGGACCAUGUGGCCUGCGGACGGCCAUCGAGCUGGGCUUCCUGGGGGCCAAGGUGGUGCUGCUGGAGAAGAGAGAUGCUUUCUCUAGGAACAACGUGCUCCACCUGUGGCCCUUCUCCAUCCAGGACCUCAGGGGCCUCGGGGCAAAGAAAUUCCACGGAAAGUUCUGCGCCGGAGCCAUCGACCAUAUCAGUAUCCGCCAGCUCCAACUGAUGCUGCUGAAGGUGGCCCUGCUCCUGGGCAUCGAGAUCCACGUCAACGUGGAGUUCAAGGGUCUCAUCGAGCCCCCCGAGGACCAGGAGAACGAGAGGAUAGGGUGGAGGGCUGAGGUCCACCCCAGGACACACCCAGUCAACGAGUUGGAGUUUGACGUCAUCAUUGGGGCAGACGGAAGAAGAAACACGCUGGCAGGGUUCAGGAGGAAGGAGUUCCGAGGCAAGUUGGCCAUCGCCAUCACGGCCAACUUUAUCAACAGGAACACCACGGCCGAGGCCAAGGUGGAAGAGAUCAGUGGAGUGGCCUUCAUCUUCAACCAGAAGUUCUUCCAGGACCUCCGGGAAGCCACGGGAAUUGACCUAGAAAACAUUGUCUACUACAAGGAUGACACGCACUACUUUGUCAUGACUGCCAAGAAACAGAGCCUGCUGGAGAAGGGAGUCAUUCUGCAUGAUUAUGCAGACACAGAGAUGCUGUUGUCUAGGGCUAACGUGGACCAGGAGGCUCUUCUCUCCUAUGCCCGCGAGGCCGCAGACUUCUCCACCAACCACCAGCUGCCCACUCUGGACUUUGCCAUCAACCACUACGGACAGCCCGACGUGGCCAUGUUCGACUUCACCUGCAUGUACGCCUCAGAAAAUGCGGCGCUCGUGCGCCAACGCAAUGGACGCCGGCUACUGGUGUCUCUGGUGGGGGACAGUCUACUGGAGCCCUUCUGGCCCAUGGGCACUGGUAUAGCCCGGGGUUUCCUGGCAGCCAUGGACUCAGGCUGGAUGGUGAAGAGCUGGGCCCAGGGAAACACCCCUCUGGACGUGCUAGCUGAGAGGGAGAGCAUAUAUCGCCUGCUGCCUCAGACAACGCCAGAGAACAUCAGUAAAAAUUUCAGCCACUACAGUGUGGAUCCCACCACGCGCUACCCUAACAUCAGCCUCCACUUCCUCAGGCCCAACCAGGUACAACACCUCAUUGACACAGGGGAUUCAAGCAGUGAAAUGCGUAUCGAAAUGGAGAAUGUAGUCACCUCGUCAACACCCAAGCUCACCCGAAAUGAGUCCAUCGCUCGCUCCAGCAAGCUGCUGGACUGGUGUCAGAGACAGACGGAGGGCUACAGGAAAGUCAGUGUGACCGACCUCACCAUGUCCUGGAAGAGUGGCAUGGCUCUGUGUUCCCUCAUCCACCGCUAUAGACCUGACCUCAUUGACUUUGACUCCUUGGACGAACGGGACCAACAGAAAAACAACCAGUUGGGAUUCGACGUGGCCGAGCGGGAGUUUGGAAUCUCGCCCUGCAUGACGGGCAAGGAGAUGUCCCAGGUGUCAGAGCCCGACAAGCUCUCCAUGGUCAUGUACCUCAGCCAGUUCUACGAGAUGUUCAAGGACACAGUUCCCCCUGGGGCCGGAGAUAACCAAAACAUGAGCCCUGAGGAGAAGGCUGCGUUGAUCAACAGCACUAAGUCUCCCAUCUCCUUCCUUAGCAAGCUGGGCCAGAGCAUCGCCAUAUCCCGCAAACGCAACCCCAAGGACAAGAAGGAGAAGGAUGUGGAUGGUUUGGGGAAGAGGAGGAAGACUAGCCAGGCUGGCCAUUCUGAAGAAGAGGAGGUUUUGAGGGGUAACCAUGAUGACAGGCCGUCCAACAGUACUGCUCUAACGGAGAGGAAGAUGAAGGAAGAGACAGCAGCUGUAGGGAACCAUAACAAAGUCAAGUCCAUGGCCACCCAGCUCCUCGCCAAGUUUGAGGAGAAUGCUCCUGCAGAGUCCAAGGGCCUCAAACGACAGGGGAAUUCUCUGCCCAAUCUGGAUCUCCUUGUGGCGCAGCCCCCUCCCCCACCUCCUGCCCCCCUGGACCCCCCCAGGGAGUAUGUCUGCCUAGCUCUGGUCCCUGCAUGGAGACAGAAACAAACCCAACAGCAGGAGCAGCUCAUCGUUGCCUAUAAGGAGAAGUUCAAGUGUCAGACCCUACCCAACAGAGGGGAGCAGCCAAGAAUCAGUACAGAGUCAACCUGUGGCUCACGGAGCUGCCCUAAGAAAACCAUUCUGCUCUCCUCCUCUUCCACCACCUUCUCACUCUAUCUUCACUCACAGCAUUGUGAUGGAGGAGUUAUGGAGGAGGGAGACACCACCCAGGACCAGACCCUUCUGACACACAGGAAAUGGAAACCCGUGCAGCUUGACGAGCCAGAGCCUAUUCACAUCGCUAGCAUUCAGGAGAGGUCUGCCAGAUUAGUCGCUAAGUUUAAGGGUAAACCUGAGAAACCAAAGCCUAAGAAAAAGCCCUCACGUUUCUUUAUAGAACAGUGGCACCUGUCUCGCAGCCAGAGCCCAGAGAGCCCCCUCUCCUCCCCUGAAACGCUCAGACAGGAGCUAGAGCUUCUGCGCUCUGAUGACCAAAUGCCGUUACAUAGCCUUAGUAUACAGGAGAGGGCUGAGCAGCUUGCCUCACAGUUUCAAAGCAAGCAGACAAAGCCACAGCCUAAGAAAAAGCGCUCACGUUUCUUUAUAGAACAGUGGCACCUGUCACGCAGCCAUAGCCCAGAGAGCCCCCUCUCCUCCCCUGAAACUCUCCGACAGAGAUAUUUAAAGAUGUACACWGGGGGAGUAAGCUUAUUGGCUGAUCAGAUAGCCAAUCAGCUUCAACCUCAGGAGGAACCCAAGCCCUUACUUGACGAGAGGGAAUUGGUGGAAUUGGGUUCCCUGAGGAAGGAGUUUCCCCAGAACAUCGGGGGCAGUGACGUGUGCUUCUUCUGCCGGAAGCGUGUGUACGUGAUGGAGCGGCUGAGUGCCGAGGGCAAGUUCUUCCACCGUAGCUGCUUCAAGUGUGACUACUGCGGAACGACGCUUAGAUUGUCAUCCUACGCCUUCGAUGUGGAGGAUGGGAAGUUUUACUGCAAGCCGCACUACUGUUACCGCUUGUCUGGUCAGGCUCAGAGGAAGAGGCCAGCACCGCUCCGUGCUCUGCUCAAUGCAAAGGACAACCAGGCGUCCUUGCCCGCCGUGGUCACCGUGGACUCCCCCGGGAGGGGGGAGAUGGCAUCCCUGUCUCCCGCUGAGCGCCAGACCUCAGUCCCAGAGGUCAACGGGCUGCAGGAGCCCAGCCUGCCUAAGCGUCUGCGGGGCACGCCGGAGCGCAUCGAGCUGGAGAACUACCGUCUCUCUCUGCAGCGGGAGGAGGAUCUGGAGGAGGUGCCCGAGGAGACGCUGGCUGAACACAACCUGAGCAGCGUGCUGGACAAGGACAAACACGCAGAGCUGGGCUCCAGCAGCUCUGAGUCUGACAUGGAGGAGGAGGACCAGGAGGAUGAGGACCAUGAGGAGGAGCAGCAGGAGCCCCCCAGCCCCUCAGACCUGGGAGGGGUACCCUGGAAAGAGGCUGUGGAGCUCCAUGCUAAGCUGAAGACCGACAGCGACCCAGGGGCCGAGGGAGAGGACGGGGCUCAGGCUCAAAUUGUUAGAGACCUAAAGGUGGAGGAGGAGGAAGAUGAUGAAGAGGAGGACGAUGAGGAGGAAUCGAGUGAUGAGGGGGAGUACUGCCCGUGGGAGAGGGAACUCCAGUCAGGCGUAUGGCUGGAGAACCUCAAAGAUGAAGAGGAUACAGGUACAUUUAAAGUCCACCCCMUACACCUCCACACAGCCAGAUACCUGCAGAUCCAGCAAGUGCUGCAGCCUGUGGAUCCAACAGUCAUUAAGAAUAUCAGAGGAGUCUCCGUGCUGUCGGAGGGGCCUCCUGCCUCAGCCUCCCAGCCCUCCUCCACAGCCCCCGCCAACACAUCCGCUCGUCAUGAGGCUGUGCGAGUCUGGUUGGAGUCGGUGUCUGGAGAGAACUGUGAGGAUGAUGACCCGGAAGCAGAAGAUGGCAGCCAUGAUUUUGAACUGGGCACCGAGAUGGACCAGGAAGACAUUCCCUCCGACGCGGAGGCUGAGGCUUGUCUACACCAGUCAGAGAUCAGUGAAGCAUUUCCUGAAGAGGACAAGAAGUCGGAAAGUCAGGGGCUCGCCUCCAGCAUUGAACAAUCUAGUGUCAGUCCAGUGAAGUUAGUUGGGCAAGUUGUGCUCUCGCCAGUCAAACCACCGACUCCACAGCCUGAUUCACAGAUGUCUCACCCCUCUCCCUGCCUGGUCAAGUCCCCCGGCAUGCACUUUUUCCCAGAACCUUUUCCACUGGACAUCACAACACCACAGAAGACAGCUCAGACUCCUAAUGCCAAGAGCCCUCCAUACCCUGCACCCACUAUGUCCCCCAUCCACUCCCCCGUUUGUUCCCCCGUCCAUUCCCCUAUCUGCUCCCAGCCUGUCCCACUGCUCGAAACCGUCACCACCAAAUCCCCUGUUAACUCUCCGUCAUGCUCCUGUCCCCCGACAGGGAACCCGCUGUCUCCCAUCUGUGCCCAGCCACUGCCCUGCCAAGAGCUUUCCUCAUCCCUCACCUCCGACUCCCCCGUCAGAACUCAGCCUGUCCCUGCAGUCACCUCCACGCCGCUGGUCAAACCAGCCUCAUCUGACAGGGCUAUCCCCGAGCCACAAAAAUCCCUAGACUUAUCAGACCUGGAAACCCCUGUCAAGAAGACGGACAUCAUCGAGGAGUUCUGGCUGAAGAGUGCAGAGAUCAGAAAGAGUCUGGGUCUCACCCCAAUGGAACGUAGCAGCAGCAAAUCCCCAGAGAAGAGUCCUGUUACUGUGGGAAGGGUUCCCACCCCGGACUCCUCUUCGCCCAAGUCCUACACCCCAGAGGACUUGUCGGAGGAGCUUUCCCCUUCCCCGUCCCCCUUCACUGGCCCCUCGGUAAUCCACAGGCUGAACAUUACAGUGGAGGGCCAGGUCAUCUCCCCCGUGGAGCCCAAGAGCAAAGCCACGGAUCAAAGGGACCUAAGCAGCAGCUCUGGCCUGGGCCUCAAUGGCAGCACGACCACCAGCCAGACCAGCCAGGCAGCCAGCAACAGUUACAACACCUCCGACUCCACCAUGCUCACCCCACCCUCCAGCCCCCCGCCGCCCCCACCCAACGAGGAGCCAGCCACCCUAAGGCAGCAGCAGAAGCACCAUGUCUCCUGGAACAAUGGGAUCGAUGGCCCCACUACACCUGAGCCAGCCAAGGCAGCACCCACCAAGAUCAAGAGCCCUGUGCCUGCACCGAGGACCCAACUCAGCCCUGUGUCUGUGCCCAAGCCUGCCCCCAGGACUACACUGGUCACGUCACCAAUCACAGCACCGGUCAAUGCUCCAGUGGUGAUCAUGAGACGGGAGAAGAACAGCAAACCACGUCGGGAAGAGGUGAGGAAGUCAUUUGUGGAAUGCAUGGCAGAGAUCCCGUUUGCAGACGACGUGGAGGACACGUAUGACGAGCGGACACCAGACACAACCAUGGACAGGUUCUACACCCCACCCACAAGCAGGCCCAACAGGGAGAGGGAGAAACCUCCUCUUCACUUGGCCCUGGCUAUGGAGAAUGGAACAGCCAAUUUCCCCGGGAACCAGCAGGCCUCAAAAAACCUUAAGGCCCAGCAGUUCUCCCCUGAGGCCAAGGAAAUAGCUGAAGAGCGGAUGAGAGCCAGAGAGAAGUCAGUCAAGAGCCAAGCUCUAAAAGAUGCUAUGGCCAAGCAGCUCAGCAAGAUGAAAGAGACGGACAUGGCCAAGGACUCUGCCGCCACUGCUAAAGUGGUGUGGAACGUGGCCUCAUCAGAGACAUCCGGAAAAAGUACUAAGAAGUUGUCCGGCUCGCCAAAGACGUUUGCGGUGGAAGCUCUGGAGUCAAAAAAGGCAGAGACUUUGCCAGAGCUUUUCUUCAGCAGUCAGGUUAACAAGAGUCUGGACGGCUCGACUGUCUCCUCUGACGGCUCCGCCUCGGGAGGCAAGAGCAAGAAGCGCAACUCCCUUUUCUCGCCACGCAAGAACAAGGAGAAGAAGAAAGCCAAGAACGAGAGCCGGUUCUCCGACAAGCAAUGUGCAGACGAGACGCCGUCGCCUCCCAAACACAAGUCCCUGUGGAAGGCAGUGUUCUCAGGGUACAAGAAAGACAAGAAGAAGAAUAAGGAUGACAAGUUGUGUCCCAGCACGCCAUCCAGCUCUACCACAAAUGACUCGGGGAAGAAGAGAUCAUCUCCUCUCGGGAGGUCAUCAGAUUUGAAGUCGCGCCGAAACCGGAGCUUCUCUGAGGACUCAGAUCUGUCAUGUGAUGAUGUGCUGGAGAGGUCGUCCCUGAAGUCUAAGGCAGAUUCUGUUUAUGUCCCUCACGCAUUGGCGUUCAAGAGAGCGUACGCCACAAAGAAAACCUACACAGAGGAGGAGCUCAAUGCCAAGCUGACACGGAGGGUACAGAAAGCUGCCCGGCGACAGGCCAAGCAGGAGGAGUUGAAGAGGCUGCACAGAGCCCAGAUCAUCCAGAGACAGCUGGAGCAGGUGGAGGAGAAGCAGAGACAGCUGGAGGAGAGGGGCGUGGCCGUGGAGAAAGCCCUGCGAGGGGAAGCAGUAGUUGAGCCCUUUGUCGGGACCCCUCGCCGAAGACCUAUCUCCUUCUGUCCCUGCUGUUCCUCUGAAGGGAUGGGCAAAAAGGACGACCCCAAGCUCAUGCAGGAGUGGUUCAAACUGGUCCAGGAGAAAAACGCCCUGGUGCGAUACGAAUCUGAGCUGAUGAUAUUUGCACGAGAACUGGAGCUGGAGGAUCGCCAGAGUCGACUGCAGCAGGACCUGAGGGAACGAAUGGCAAUUGAAGACCACCUGAAGACGGAGGUGGAGCUGGCGCAGGAGAAGCACAUCCUGAAUGAGAUGCUAGAGGUGGUGGAGCAGAGAGACUCCCUGGUAGCCCUCCUGGAGGAGCAGAGGCUCAGUGAGAAGGAGGAGGACAAGGACCUGGAGUCUGUCAUGCUCUCCAAGGGCUUCAACCUCAACUGGGCCUGAGGAGGAGAGACUAAACUCACCAUCCACCGUAACUCAGAUAAUACACUACCCCUCCUCUGUGUCAGGGCUCAGUGAAGGCCCAACCCACGGUCUCAUGCUUGGUCCCAGAUAACCCAGCAGAGAAUGUGUGCAGAAUGGAGUUAUCCCAUGCUCUGUUGGAGCAGUCUAUAAUGUUUACAUAUCUACCCUGCCAACAGCCAGGCAUCAUUACCUCCAGUGAUAUCUCCCCUCACUAUCAAAUCACGGUGGGAGGAGCAACUACAGCCUAGACUUUCUCAGAACUUCAGAAGUUCUUGGAGCAGUUCUCCAGAAUGGGGAACUAUUGUUUAUUAUUUCUUUUAAUCUCAAACACGCAAAGGGAAGAAAGAGGUUAGGUCCUGCUGAUGUAAAGGACUUCAAUGUAUGAUACCUGUUUUAAUGUACUACAUGUGUAGAACACGACAUAUUAGCAAAGCGGGGGUUUUAGAUGAGGGUAGGCCCUUGACCUAUUGACUGUUACAGKGUUUCUGUGGGAAGGGGAGGAGUGGUCUCACUCUCAUACUAACCUCAUAACAUACUCUACUAUUGUGACUGCUGACUGGGGAGGGACAUCCUCUGCUUUAGCUGCCUUUCUCUCCAAUUACACAUUGGCUUCCACAUUCUGAGGCGCCAAUAAGGAUGAGAAUCUAAAAGUCCCAUAAUUUCUUUGCACAGAGAUUCACCUGAAGGGUCAACACUAAGGAUCAAUGGAAUCUGGUCACUUGGUUGUUUUGUAUUUAUUAGCUUGGUUUGAUAGAGAACCUGAAUGAACUGUUUUUGGUAUUUUCCGUAUUCACGGAGGAGAGUGCCUGAACUGGAGGCUCGACGGAUUGCACAUGUGCUCUCUUUAUAACAUUGACUGCAAGGAAAUCAACUGAACUCCAUCACCAAGAAGCCAUUGUGUAAGGGGUGGAGGCUGCUGCAGACUCAGAAAAAGAUCCUGCAUUACAUUGUCUUUGACUCUGAAAGUUGUGCUGGUGUGAAUAGUUAACCUGUAGCAUAGAUUCAUUGACAUAUGUACACUUCAGCAAGCAACCCACUUGACACAUCUCUUGGUGUCCUAGUUCUGAGUGAUCAUGUGGCUUCUCCAUACCAUGCCAUUCACCAUAAAUCACACUGAUAUUUCAUUUUAUAAUCAGUAGCCCUUAUUCAAUACUAAUUGGCAUAUACCAUGAAAAGUCCUUAGUGUAGGUUAAACAGUGAAGAGAACAACAUUAGGGGCAGUGUCUUAUUGGGCUUACACAGUAUCAAUGCAUCGUGUUAUCAUAAUACCAUAAGUGAACUGACAUCACUAACUGGUGUCAUGAGACACUUACGUCAGUGGAUAUGCUUCAAUAUCGAAGUUUUAAACCACAGAACUCUGGCUUCGCUAUCCCUGGUGCUGAGGUACAUUACCUGCUUUGGAGCAAGAUGCCCUUUUCACUUCUGUUUUAAUAUUUUAUUUUUAUUUUUAGUGUUUAAACUUUUAUGUAUCCCACCAGAGGUACAUUUCUAUUUGGUGUUUUUUGGUAAAAUCCUUUCAUACAACUACAGGUUGUCAAACAGCAGUUAUGAGUAGAAGUGGAGACAGGAAGGUUGCUCUAAACCACUUCUAUUCUGUCAGUCACAGGAGCAUGUGCUUUUGUUUGGCGUUUGACCUUACUAGCCUUUCUGCCAAACUGUAAAUCUUUGGUUGGUCACAGUUUUAUAUAUUUUUCUGUAUUGAUAGAUACACACAGUGAGAAUUUGUGUAAGAAUUAAACGGAGCUGUGAAUACAAAAAAGUUACAUAAUUUCAAGGCUGGUUUAGAUGGUGUGUGAUAAGUUUGACAGAUUUUAUUGAUAUUUAUAAACAUGUGUGCAAAAAUGUAUCAUAUGUAAAGAAAAAUGAAUCCUAAUUUUUAAAACUGUAUGUUGACACACAACAAAUAUGUAAAUGCUGCUUCAUUUAGCCAAAAUGCAUAGGGUGUUGGAUGUAUGCUGAAACGGCAAUAAAGCAAUGCAGUUGUUCAUUUAGAAAAGCAUGUCUCCUUUUAUGGGUAGGCUUCUGUAUAAACUUACUACAACUAUGAUUUUAUGAUAGAAAUGUGAAUAUUCACCUUAAUGACUGUCCUGCAUAGUAGGCUACCCUCUGUCAAUUCCACUUAUUUGGUCUAUUCCAGAACUAGCACACCUGAUGAAAAGCUGAGCUUCAUUAUGUGCCCAAUUCAAACCAGGAGUGCUUCUUUUGUGGCAUAUUAAAUAAGUGCAACUGUCUCAGAAUCUUCCCAACAUGUGUUACAUGAACCUGGCGACAAAUUAAUUAAAGGACGUUUUCACUUUUACUGUACGACAAGGGUAAAACCUGGCAUUUAGUUUCUUCACACACUGACAGAUUUGAUCCACUUGCCGGUUGAAAACUCCACUCCGAUAUUUCUGUGUAUCCAGUAUUCCAGUGGGGGCAUAUCUGUAACAAGGGGUGGAUGUCUGCAGACGAGACAAAAAAGUUUUUAGACAUGCAAGACAGCUGAGCAGAAAUGAUUGCAUCUUGUUUCUGGGACUGUCAGGUAAGAUGACCAAUGCUGCAUGGUAUGCAUUGCAUUGCAUUGCAUAGUAUUUGUUUAAGUUCAAUAGUCCAUAAUAAUAUAUUAUAAGGAAAGUUAAAGGAGGCAUGUUGCUUCCUUGCGUGAGCUACUGCGGUGAUUGUUUGGCCAUGCCAAAUUCCCAACAGAGGUUUACAGUGGAUAGCUACAUUUUACACCAUUGCAGUGGCGACCCUUAAUUCAGGCCAGCUGGGGCUUGCCUGUUUUGCAUGUUAUUUUGGCAUUAAUACGUGUCACAUAUCAGUUUGCACACAAUGUAAAAAAUAAUAUAUCAUUGAAUUAAUAAAGCUGCGUACAAACAUGGUC